GCGCAUGCGGCCAGAACAGUCGGCCAGGCCAGAACAACCGCCAGAAAUCACACGCUUGCAAUUGCCACCCGAUUUGUCCACAAUUAGAUAGUAGGUAUGGAAUACACACGUGAUCACUUGCUCUGAGCAUCUACUUACAAUUACCACAUAAUAUACUACGUACAGUCUGACAGACUGUCCUCACUCGCUGUCUGUCUAUCUAUCCAGGCUGCCUUACGUACGCACAUGAUGGAUGCCCUACGAUCGAUCGAUAUCAACAUACGUACACAUAACAUCACAAAUAGGAUGCAUACGCAUCAUACGUAUCACAUAUGCAUCGCAUCACACGUCACCAGUCGGGCGGCUGGCCCAAGCAAUUCAAGAUUGGUAGCGGUCCUUCGCUCGAGUUGCGGCCACCCACCGCCUCGUCGCCUCCUGACGGCACCUUGCUGCUGCCCGCGUCGAUGUCGCUCUCUCCCUCAGUGACAAUGAUGUUGAUGGUUUCGUCGAAAUACUGAGGCACGUGUGUGUCGCUCGCCUUGGGGCACUGUGCGUCAUCAAAUCGACCGACGCGACGGCUGCCAGACACCUGUCCGUACAAGCAGCAGCAGAGGCAAGGCAUAUGAACUUCUCUUCCCUCUCUCUGAUGCGAUGGCCCGACUCGCUUGCUUAUUGCUUACAUGGAAUGAUUUCUCUGACGAGUCCAGCUGGCUGUCCGCCAAAUCGCCGUAGUUCGCGAGGCAGAAGAAGGUGGCGGAUAUGUCUCGCGGCGGCAGCUCACUGGAGAACAACUUGACAUUGGCCAGCUCGAGGGCGGAAAGAUCGCUAUGGCGCCGGCCCAGGUGGAGCUUGGCAUCACGCGGAAGCGACCCGCCGGCCUGAAGAGAAACACAAACAGCCGGCCUUUCAGAGGCACGUGUGGCACCAAGACGACCAUACCAUGAAGUUUAUUUCUUGCACUUGUUCCGCAUCCCGGUAUGCCACCAGCCGCCCGUCGAUCGCCCGCCACGACAAUGCGAGAUGCACCCACCCACUGUGCCGCCCGCCCCCCUCAUCCGAGGAGCCAAAGGGCGAGAGGAAAUCGUUCGCUGGACAGCAUGAGUCUUCCCUCUCUCGGGAUGUCUUGGCCUCCCAGAAGCGGGCGAACUGGACGUCAUUGCCGUCAAGCGUCACCAUGAGGUGAGGUCCCGUGGCCGCAAUGCCGAUCGACACCAGUGCCGGCUCGUCUGCCCGUGUGUAGCUGAGGUACUCGAGUCGAUCGGGUGUGGGGUCGUGGCGUACCCACAAGGCGAUUGUCAUCUCGUGGAGGCGGGAGAAGGACGGAUUGACUGCGGAGAGGGGGAGGGGACAGCUUCUGGGGGAGAAGGGAUGGCUGAACGAGGGUGGUGGGGGUGGGGCAUUGUUGUCUGUCAUGGGAUAGUACAUGGGAUCUCUCACGGGCGUGCUGCCCUCCUGAGCCCACGCAUCUCGCUCUCCCAGCGGCCCAAAGGAGAACCUCACGCCUAUCACGCCAGAGAUACAUGAACACACUGCGCUGCCGCCUGUCUGUCAUUACCAUCGUUUGGUCGGUAGACUCGGAAGUAGUCGACUUUCAGGGUGCCGGGCAGGUUGCUCUCGCUCAUGCAGUGAGUGAUGUGCUCGGUGAUGAUGGCAGAGAGCCAGUAGUGCAUCGGCAUCAACUCCUGAAUCUUCAGAGCAGACCAGUCCCCAGUGCCGACGACCUCGCCGUCCAAGAACACUCUCGAUUGGAUGGGGGUGUGCUCCAGCCCCCAGACGUGCCAGUCGUCCGUCAAUCGCCAGCCUGGAUGCAGCCGCCGUCCGGCCACGUACAUGCGUGGGGGUGGCCACCACUUGAUGUGGUUGUACUGGUAGCUGUUAACGCCGCUGUUGAUCUCGAAGACGUCGAUUUCCUGUCGUGGAUGGUCGGUGUUGUUGCACACUGCACACUUGGUCUUGUCGAUGGAGUUGGCAGUGGCCGCCCAGAAAGACUGCCAGUCGAGAGACAAGUCAUCGCAGGCAGACACACAUAAAUGAAUGGCACGUUGGUCAGUUCCUGCGUGUGUGUGGUCAGGAUGUUCACACGGUGAUGCCGACCCGACGGCAAUGUUUGCCCACUGGGUGUGCACACACUCACUUGCCAGAAGCCCGGAUACGCCCACGACUUGAUCCGCGCCUCGAAAUAGCCGAAAGGAAGAGGCUCACGGGUGAUCAAGCCGCCCUGAGUGCCGGAAACCAACACACGCACACUGUUGCACCUGCCCAGGACCAAUUGGUCUCGUUGGUCCGCUCACCCCUGCGUAUCGGACGAGCUUGUCCUUCAUGUACCGUGGGUACUGCAGCCUGUCCAUGUGCACCUGAAGCGCACCAUCCCUGACCUCAACCUGACGACACAAACACCACGCAAAGGGAACAAAUGCCUUGUGUAUCCGCAACCGGCGUCCCUCGGAAGCCGACUGACUUGUGAGGCCAUCUGGCAGCUGGGCGCGAAGUCAGGAGAACACUCGUCGCGAUACAUCCAUCUGCAGUAAAGAUUGCUCUUUCAUCUGUGCCUGUACGUAUGUCUGUCUGUCUGUCUGUCUGUCUGUGUCUGUGUGUGUGCGUGUUUUGGUGCUUGGCUUGACGUGGUCUCGUUGACUCGGGACGAGUCAAACUCGUCCGACCAAGAGAGGUUCUCAUAUCCCGCCGGCACAUAUGGAGAGUGACCCACGGGCUCAGCAGCCACGCCACCCCGGAACACACCUGCAGACAGACAGACAAACAAACACCCAUCCCAAGCCUUUCCUGCUUCAGUGUCCUCCCACCUGACACGACGGCCACGAACACGGCAAGGCAGCCCAUCCGCCAGGCACUGCAGCACGACCGCCUCUUCCGCUUACGACGCAUUCGAGAACAUUCGCUGUACCACCACACCAAACCGCGCGAAAUCCG